GAAGCUUUCGCCCUGGCAGGGGAAGAAGAGAGCAGGCCCCUCUCUCUCUGCGACAAAAGGGCUUCCUCCAGUAUGGAUAUCCAAGCUACUUUCGGUUGGGUGGAGGGGGAAAUGUUGCUAACCAUCUAGGCGGAUUGGAGGGGGGGGCAGAUAGACCACCAGGAUCUGAUCCCUUUUCUUCCAUCUUGGCCAAACAAAGCGCUGGGCUUGAGCUGGAGGGGCUGCUCGAUGGAUCCAGGCGGAUUUCAGAGAAGCUGCCAAGCUGCUGCCCUUGAAAAUCAGGCAGGAGGAGGAGGGGGGGUGUCUCCCCCCCCCUUAUUGCAAGCAAAGACAAGCGGAGAGGUUGGCUUCCUGCAGUCCUUAGAAAGGCUUUUUGUUUUGUUUGUUAUUUGGCUGAAUGCUUUUCCUGUUCCAAGCAAGAGAACCAGCGAUCUGCAGCAAUGGAAGCGAGUUGGCAUGGCUCGGCUCUCCCCCACAACACAGUCCAGGGUGUGAGGAAGGGAAGCAAAAUGGAGUUUGGCCGGUUCUCUGUUCAGAGGCGGGCAGGCUGGAGCCGUGUGGGGUGUGGGGGGACCGUGUGUGAGGCUGGCUCCCAGUGGGACUCUUUGUUUGCGCUCUCUCUCUCUCUCUCUCCUUUUCCGCCUUGCAGGAGCUGCUCCGAGAGGCUUUCUUUGGUCCCCGGACAGCCCCCUGGCUGGGGCCCUGCCUCUCCCCUUGGACGGAGCAGGGAGGAAGCCCAGAUGCCUUGCCUUCUCCUCGCUGUCUUGCAAGGGAGGGACGGGGAAAGAUGGUGGCGGUUUUGCAGCAAGCCAGCAACUCCUGGCUGGGCUCCAACCCUGCCUGCUCUUCCGCUGAGCGCUCCCAGGGCUCUUAAGGCAGCAGGCUGUGCCCUUCUAUGUCUCUCCAGCAGCAGCAGCAACAGCAGCUCCGUGGCACGGUUGGGGCAGGCAGCCUCUCCCCCACUGCUUGCAGCAGAAGGAGAGGGUUGCUUAGACAUGGCGGCGCUGCCUGCUUUCCUCUGCUGCUGCUUCUGCAGGCGAAUGGGCGAGGGGUGGGGAGGACUCGCCCUGAGUUCCUGCCCUGGAAGCUCCAAGCUGGGUGUUGGCGGCAUUGCUCAGCCUCUCCUCCUCCAGCCCUGACCCCUAGAAAGGGUGAGCUCAGCCAUGUUGGAGGAGCAGGAGGAGGAGGAGGAACAGCAGCUGCUGCAGCAGCAUCAGCAGUGAAGGGAGCCGUGCCCUCUUGUCAGACCAGAGCGGGCUUCUUCCUGCUGGCAUCUGCUGACUUGGCAGUGGGGAGGCUGUGCCAGGCGUAGCCCGGCUGAAGCCGCUCGCUUCCCUUGGUUUGCAGGGCCAAGAUCCAGAGUAAGGACAGGAGAGCCACUCGGGCUCUCCCUUCUCUUUCCUCCAGCCAAGAUGGCUCUCUCUCCAGCAGUGGAUCCCCGGGUUGCUUCACUGCGCUCGGCUGUUCCCACAUGGGGGCAUUUUUGAAAGAGCAAGGGCGACGCCUCGGGCCUUGACUUCACGCCAGACUCUUCCAUGCAGCCUUUUCCGCAGGCUCGGCCAGGAUCUUUUUGUUUUUUUAAUCGAUGCAGAAAGGAGUAGAGGAGCCACCAGCUCUGGUUUGGGGCUUAGAAAAAGAUUAGCUGUCCUCAGAGCAGCCGGAGUGGCAAAGUAGGCAUGGAUCGGCAAGCGUAAAUCCGUCUGACCUUUCUCUUCCCUAUCAAUCUCUCAGGGAGGGGUGAGGGUUGAAGCCUUUCUCUUCCACAUCCCUCCUGCUGCUGCUGCUAAAAUAUUCAGAGGGAGGCCCUGGGUGUUGCCUCUCGGAUGCCAUUUUACCACCUCUACUGGGGGAUUUGCUCAAGCGGUUAAACCGGUUUUUAAGCAACAGCUCUGAGGAACGGACUCUGCCUGCCUGUUAAACAUUAAGCCACGUCAUCCUUCAGGCCUUUGUGGGAAGAGAGAAGGUAAAGCGAUUGCUUAAGUCGAAAGCAUACAAGUGGGACAUAAUCCCGGUGAAUUAUGCCAACUGCUUCAGAGUCAACCUGCUUAGUCUGACAUUGCACACUUGGCGGCCUUUAAAGUGAGCUUGGGAGAACUGGCUUUAAUUUCUGCCACCGGGCUGAGCAAGGAGGCAUCCUGGCGCAUGGUUAUUUCCAUGUGAACAAUCCUGCCGGGAGAGUGUGGUUGCGUGCAUCUUCUACCGAUUUACCAUUUCCUCUCCCUCAGUAGGUGACCUACUUGCUGGGAGUGAGAAUAGCGAGCCCAGUCCCCAGAUGCUGGUUUAAGAAGGCAUCUGCCCCAACAUUGCUGGCGGCCGAUGGCUUCUCAAAUUCCUUUCAGAUGAGUCGGAGCCAGGCACCAGCAGCAGCCCAGUACAAGCUUGAUCCUGCAGCCCAGAUCUUUGUGCAUCUUCCUUGGGUUUUUCCUUCCCUACCCGUCGCACUCAGCCUAAUGUAGGUCACUCUGCAAUGGCUACUUUUUAGCUUCCACCUCUUUUUGCAACUGGGUUGCAGGUUUUCCAAGCAAUCCGCAUAUAUUUCCUUUACCAUUGUUCUAUAUACAGUUGCAUGGUUUGUUUUCCCCCCCCCCAUGCUGUAGAUAGGUGUGAAGGCAAGGCUGGAAUACCUAGAGCAUUUUAUGUAGAACUUAAUCCCAUGAUUUCAAGGCUGAGGUAAGAUAUAAACUAAAAUGUUUGCAGCUUGCGUGAAUAGUUGUGAAUACUGACUGAGACACAAUGGAAUGCCUGGUCUUCCUCGGCUGAAGUGCUUAGAUUAAGUACUACAAUGUUGUGUCCUAAUUUGGAAUUUCUGGAUAUUAGACCGUUUAUUUUAAAAUUUCAACAGAGUGGCUGCGUCGAAGGCGCAAAGACUUGAGUCUUUUGGUUGAUCAAAAUAGACUUUUGGAAUUUGUUCAGGAUAUUUGUGCAGAUAGUGAAGACCUGUGUUGACUGUCGAGUUUGUUAAAUUGUCUCCAGAGGGUGAUUUGCACUGAAUUUGUGGAGAAAUGGCUUGCCUGCUUCAUCAGUUUACCCAAUAAGCAGUGAUAUUUCAAUGUAUGUCAGUUUCAAGGGUAUUUCACUUCAGUCCUUUUCAACUGUCCUUGGAGAAGGCUUGAUGUGCAAAAAUGCACAUCAUUCCCGGUGUUUCUAAAGAAUUUCAAGUUAAAUUAGUCUGGAGGGAAAAAUUCUAUGCUUUUCUAGACCAAGUGGUUCAAUGUCUGUAUAGGAUGAGAAAAAGUCUGAAUUGAGGCCAGCGUGGAAAUCCGAACUAACUUCACUCAAACCUUGGGGAAUAAACUGUGUGAGAGCAAGUUCUUACAAGCAAGCCUCCUGGCCCGCUUCCUGUUUUGUUGUAUAUUUAGACAGCCAAGACUCCACCCAUUUUUGUGAGCCAGAAGCCUGAGUACAGAGGGGCAGUUUUAUGAAAUGUUUGCACUUUCUGAAUGGCUCUUUGUCCCGGAGCAAGGUCUAGUUGAAUGCUUUUUUUCCCUUUAAACUUUAAACCUUUCUCCAGCAUAGGAAGAAAGUGGCUGAAGGGGGGUGUUUAGGCAGUUAUAAGGGGACCGUAGAAAGAGAUUAAGCAAAAGAACCAGGACUGGCUUCCUUUCUUCCUAGUGUGAAUGCAUAUGGUAGGGAAGAGAAAUGGAGGAAUGCGGUAGGGAGCUUACGUAAAAGGAUACUCUAUGGAGUAUCUUAAGCUGCUCUUGGCCAUAAGGAACAAAGCAGAAUCUCCACAUUCAUCAUGUGAUUGGUUCAGUUUCGAUCUUAACGGUGUUUACGAAGCCACUGCUGGGCGGUGUGCAAGUCAGUUUUUUUUUGUCUUGUAUAUGCAGCCAGUUGUCUAUUCAGCAGGCCACAGAAAACCAAGGUUAAUGUGUUAUUUGAACCCAGUCUUGUUCACAUAUUGUGCUAUGCCGUAAUUUGAUCUUUCUGGUCUUGAUUAAAUAUUAUAUAUCAGUCUGAUCUGCUGUGGCUCGUUUGGCCAAUCAUGGCUGAGGUGCAGAUCUUGUCAUCGUAUCCUAUUAAGGAGCAGUUGCUAGGAUGCACUGGCCUGUAUUUCAACUCCUUUUCUGAACUGCUCUCAAGUGCCCGAUGCCGGACUAGGCAACCUAACCCAGGAACUGUUUGUGUGGAUACCCUACUGAGGAUUUGGGCAAGGAAUAUGGCAUUGUUGGAGCUUGGCAAAAGGACUGCAUUAGUUUUAGCUUUGGUAAUGUUGCUAAAUUUGGUAGCUUUGGUAAGCCUAAGCACACGGACAUAACAUUAUCCCAAUAAGAGUCAGCCAAUUCUUUAAUUGUAUGCUUCUGGUGAAUUGUUAGACAAAAUAAAAUUGUAUGUCCAUCCUCCAGAGUGCUUCCAAGUUGGUAUAUUAGGGGCAAAGGUAAUCUGAGAACAGCAAGUGCCAUUUGGAUCACAUUACCUUUGAAUAAUUGCCUUGGUGAUUAAUGCCACUCCUUUAAGGCAAAAAUAUUAGGACAUUUUGCAUAAAUAAAUGCCUACUGGUUAAAGUUCUGUGUCAGACUGCAAAACAUCAAGUCCCGAAGCAGACUGUGCUCUCCCUCAAAAGGCCAGCUUUAGUUAUGUUUGUCUUGCCAACACUAAGAGAUGGCUGAGGAAGUAGCAUGAUUCAAGUUACUUAAACGCAAGGAGCUUCAGAGUGCUUCUACUUUAUGACGGGCAACGAUAGCUUCAUUUUAUUAUGCCUUUGAAUAGCUGGAUGACAUGCGCUCUGGAUAGUAUUGAAAAUGACAUGGUGUGGUGUAUUUUGUGCACGUGUGGUAUUGGCUGAAUUCUAUUGUAUCACUUUUAGUAGAAAUUGGGUUUGAGUUUUAUGGAAAAAACGAUAGUUGGCUUCCCAUUGUGUGAAGUUCUAAAUCACACACUAAGCUAAAAUCAAACCUGGACCGAUACAAUGUGUAAAUUUAGACAUCUUUGCUGGGCCAAAAUGAACUCAAUUCAGUUCAUGGAAGAAACCGAAGUUCAACCCACCUACUGACUGCUCUGGUAAAAUAGUUAUUUUCAGGUAUUCAAAAUGCAGCCGCUAGCAGCGUGAAUCUCUAUCAAAUAGUGUGGAUGGGCUCUCAAUAGGAUUAUUGGCUAUUAGUAGAAUAUUCAAGGACAUUGGCCUUGGCCACUGAAAAUGACAAAUCUACAUGAUGGCCAUUGAAGGCUAGAUUUGCUUAAGACACAUGAUUACUGAAUGCACCUGUUUGAUUCAUGUAAUACACUGAAUAAUAAAAUAAAUGAUUUGAAUGAGCAAAACCUUGUUCGUUAUGGCUUAAACUGUAAUCACUAAGCAAGCUUGGAAUGUUGUGCAAUGCUGAUAGGUCUAAGUGACCUGGUUAAAAUGACAUACAUUUGCUAUGUUUGCAAAUUUCCCUAAGCUUGCUUAAUAUUUGAAUGCAUCUUUAAUUUAGGCCUUUUUUAAAAAAACUUUAAAAAGGAACUUUUUGUCUGGUCAUCUUGAGUGAAUUGCUAGCAAGUGUUAAAUAAGCAAUUAGUCUUGUGUUUAUUUAAAUGUUUUCCCAGAUAAAAAUGUAUUCAAGUAGCAGCUCCAUAAAUGCUUCAAAGCUACAAUGCUAGAUUAGAGUACUGCCAUCACUAAUCUCUGUCAUUUUUGGACAUACUUCAGUUCAUUGGGUUACACAUUUUGAACAAAUGUCAGCAUGCAGUAGAGGAAACAGAUAAUGCUUUAACAUGAAACCUGGAAGAUAGAGCAAUGAAACCUUGCAACACCACGUGAACCAAUUUAUACAAAAAUAAGGUUUAUUGUACUUACUGUUUCUGUAAAUUGACUUCAGCCAAUAUCAUGUUUUUGAGGAUGCUAAAUUAAAGGGAGAAUGUAAAACAUAGUUAAAAGAGGGCAGUUUUGCUAUUAGUUGCAGUGCUAACUCAUGCUAGGCUUAGAGAAAGAGGAAGUAUGUUUCUCAUUUUACAGGAGAUGUGGUUUGUUUCCGUGUUUACUACGGAGUGGACAAGUUGUAUAUUACACAUAUAGUAGAACUCCACCCACCCACCAGUAGAGUACAAAACUGGCAUGCUCAUGGCUGAGAGGUUUUGUAAUUAGUAGUCGAACUACAAAUGAAUGCCAGAAAUGUAUACUGCACUAAUUAUUUAAAAAUCAUGCAAAACUACGCCCUAGCUUCCUUUUAGGAAGAGGAUAGGAAACAAAGGCAGCAUUUAAAAACCAGAAGUUAGCUUAGCACACAAGGUAAUUAUGCAGAUAAAACAAAGGCACAGAACAUAUUGUUCCCAAUCCCAGAAAGGAAAAAAAUGAGAUUAAAGUACAGUGACUUGUAAUAUUUUUUCAAGAAAAGUCAGUUACAAGCAUUGCAUCAACAAUGGUAAAAUACCAGUCAGAAGUUACUUCUGCCUUUUGUUUUCCAUAAACUUGAUCCCACCUCCCAAUUGUACCUAAUGUGCAAUGAGCUGAAUGGAUUUUUCAUAAAUAUUUCAAGCUUUGCGAAAUUACCCAGGUUUCCGAAGUGAUUUUCUUGGCGAGGCUCAUUCAAAGAAGACAGGUCCAAAGCCCUGUGGACGGGAAGACAUUGCUUGCUUAUGCUUUCGGGUCAGCUGACGUCUUCCUCCGCCAUCCGCCUUUUUGCUUUUUGGACUGGUAGCAAUUUCCCCUUCCGUUUACUGUCACAGCAAACUUCCAUGGGUGGUGGGGUUUUUUAGGCCUAGAGGACCAUCUAGUGGUGACACAAAGUAGCUACAGGAAGAAAAAUGGCUUCCUGUUAAUGGUGACUUCACAGACAUCCAAACCAACAUUCAUGGAUGUUGCCAGGCAAGGUGCUGCCACCUGUUGAGAGCUUUAGAAAAAUGUUUAGAACUGCUAAAUUGGAUAGUUGGGCACAGCUCCCAAUUUAUCUGCAGAGCCAACUCACUAAAAUUGCACUUAAAAAUGUAAAAUGCAUGUUGAAAUACCAUAAGCACAAAUGGUGUGAGACAAAAAUAAAACUAUUUCCUGAAAAUGACUUUGCCGUCUGUAUUGUGAUUCUUUUUAGCGUGGGUGUUUAUUUCUUAAUCCCAAAGUGAGAUUUCAAAAGGUAGGCCAAAGAUACUUCCUCCCUCCUGCAUGUGUGUCAAAAAAUAGACUACAUGCACUAUCUUUAAGCUGAUUGGAAGAAGAAUACAAAUAUAGGGAGCAUCGUUUACAUGCACAAGGUGCUUGCACUGUACAGUACUCUAAAUCCUAUUUAAAACCCAAAGAGCAUCCUGUAUUUUGCAUAUCUUCUUGCUGGAAAGGAGCAAGACAGCAACUUCCUGGUAAGAAUAAAAUACCCCAGAAGAUGAAACAAGUGUGGCAGCAACAAGAUUUUAGUCAUUAUGGAAACCUCAAGUUUUUAUUUUUUCAUAGACUUCUAAGGUGGUUUGUUGCAUUUAUAAAAACAACCUUAAACUUGACUUGGGAUCCAUCAGGACAAAGUGAAGGGGGCUCUGGAAACCCCCAUAGACAAAUUGAUAAUGCUAAAUACAGGAAAUCCUCAAAUUACAAGUUCAGGUAAGGUAAGGUAAAGGUUCCCCUUGCACAUGCAUGCUAGUUGUUCCCGACUCUAGGGGGCGGUGCUCAUCUCCGUUUCAAAGCCGAAGAGCCAGCGCUGUCCGAAGACGUCUCCGUGGACAUGUGGCAGGCAUGACUCAACGGAACGCUGUUCCCUUCCCACCAAAGGUGGUCCCUAUUUUUCUACUUGCAUUGUUUUACCUGCUUUCAAACUGCUAGGUUGGCAGAAGCUGGGACAAGUAACGGGAGCUCAUCCCGUUACACAGCACUAGGGAUUCGAACCGCUGAACUGCCAACCUUUCAAUCGACAAGCUCAGCGUCUUACCCACUAAGCCACCAUAUCCCUAAGUUCAUUUAGUGACUUUCAAAGUUACGACACCAAAAAGUGUCGUCAUUUUUUCCACUUAAUUGUUCCAGCAUCCCUGUGGUCGUGUGUUCAAAAUUCAGCCGCUUGGUAACCAAUUCAUGUUUUUGACAGUCGCAGUUUCUUAGGCUCACAUUAAUCACCUUUCGUGAUAGGCAAAGUCAAGUGGGGCAGCCAGAUUCACUUAAGAACGGUUACCAACUGCAGUCACUUAAGUACAGAAAAUUGUGAAAUGGGGUAAAACUCAAGUCUUGCCUAGCAACAGAAAUUUUGGACCCGCUGUAGUUGUAAGUCAAGGACUACCUGCAAUUGGUGGUAGUUGGGGAGAUGUGUUCUCCAAGCCAGGAUUACAAUGCCCAUCAGCCCCAACUAGUUGGCCAUAAUAUAAUGAAAUAGUGGUGGUGUAGAGGUGGUGGUGUGGUGUGUAGAAUAAGCGAGAUUGCAGAAAUCUGUGCAACCUCUUUGGGGAUGAUGUAACUUCGGAGGGUACCCAGUUGAAGAAUCCUCCAUACAUUAACCUCCCUUUCGUUUAUUUCAUUUCUUUGUAAGUAACCCAAGGCAGCCAUCAUGUCCAAUGCUCCUAUUUUCCCCACAACAAUCUUGCAAGGUGGGCUGGGCUGGUUUUCCUUCCUGAAGAACUAGAACUCUCAGCUCCUGUUUUCUACGGCAGCACCUGAACCACAGAGCGGCAAUAAAAUGAUCCCUCCUGCACCCGCGUUGGGGUAUCCAAGCGCCCAGGUGGGGAAAGGAAGCUCCUUUCAUGCCCCAGGUUGGGUCGACGCGGAGGGACCAAGGCGGCUUCGACCCUCCCUCGCCGCUUUAUAGGGAAACUGCAAAGCCGCAGCGAGGAGGAAGGAGGCGAGGCCUCCGCCGACUCUCUUCCACUCUCGCCCGAGAAGCUGGUCUUUUCAAGGCGGCAGCAGCAGCGGCGGCGGCAGCGCUAGUCCAUGGCCGACAGGAACAGCUCGGGACCCGGCAGCCGGGAAGCCAGCGAGCCGAAGAAAGGCUCGAAGACGGAGCUGAAAGCGGUGGUGGUGGGCGACGGCGGCUGCGGGAAAACUUCGCUCCUUUUGGUGCACGCCAAAGGCGCUUUCCCCGAGGACAAGAAGAUUAUGAUCGCUUACGGCCACUCUCGUACCAAAGCACUCAUGUGGUUUUGAUUUGCUAUGAUGUCAUGAAUCCUUUUAGCUUUGAUAAUGUAUCAAUCAAGUGGAUCCAGGAAGUCAACCACUUCUGCCGCGGAAUCCCCAUCCUCUUGGUGGGUUGUAAAACUGAUCUCCGGAAAGACAAAGAACACCUCAAAAAGCUCCGUUCUGCUCAACAGGAGCCGAUCACGUACAAGCAGGGUGAAGAAGCCUGUUGCCAGAUCGGCGCCAGCGUGUACCUCGAGUGUUCAGCCAAGUUUCGGGAAAACGUUGAACCCAUUUUCAGAGAAGCCGCUAGCAUAGCUCUGAACGCCAUCAAGAAGGCCAAACGCCAGAACAAAUCAAGACCGUGCGUCCUCUUAUGACGACGUGAAAUUGGACAAAGGAAGACAGUUGAUAUCCAUCAUAUCCAAGGGAGCAUUUGUAGGUUUCUAUCUGGACUUGAAAAGGGACUUUUCAUUUGGAAUGUAACAGGAGGAGAACCUUGUUCUGUAUUAAUUUCUGCUUUUGCAUCCAGUGGCGAGAAGUUUCACUAGGAAGCAGCACUUCCUUUCCCAGGACUUUUUUUUAAUUUCCAGAAGAUCGUUUUGCUACUUGCCAUUU